UCAACCUUUUUGAUUUCUUUCCUUAGCUCUCUCUUGUUCUUGGUUCUCAACUUCAUUAGAAAUGGAUGGUUUGCCUUCCUCCGUCCUAGGAGACAUUCCAAAACAUCAGCUGAUCACCAAAACAUUGCCCAUGUCAAGCGUGAGAUUACCACCAGCGCCGUCAUGGUCGUCGUCUGGUCCUCAUGUCGGCACCACUUCCUCCACAACUAGAGGAAAACCAAUAGCCUCAAAGUCCCAUGUUCCUUCACCAACAUCAAUUUUAGAGCCAGUGAUGGCCAUUAAGUCUCUCUUGGCUUCACUUGCAAGCAAGAAGGGAGAGAGUCUCUCUUUGCCGACACUGAUGUUUAAAGCACUAGAUGAUAUCAUAAUAGACUUCCUGGACCCUCCUAUCAAGCCGUCGCUCGACCCGAGAACCGUGCUCUCUGGAAACUUUGCACCGGUCGAUGAGCUCCCUCCAACCGAGUGUGAAGUGUUGGAGGGCUCGCUACCACAGUGCCUUGAUGGCGCGUACAUCCGCAAUGGCCCGAACCCACAGUUCGUUCCCCGUGGGGCCUAUCAUCUCUUCGACGGCGAUGGCAUGCUUCAUUCCAUUCGGAUCUCUCGAGGUCGAGCCACGUUCUGUAGCCGCUAUGUCAAGACGAACAAGUACACCGUCGAGCACAAUCUGGGCUCUCCUGUGUUCCCCAAUAUCUUCUCGGGCUUCAGCGGUGGAAUGGCCUCGGCAGCUCGUACUGCUCUCUUUUUAGCAAGAGUGCUCACCAGUCAAUUCAAUCCCUUCAAUGGCAUUGGUCAAGCAAACACUGGCUUGGCCUUCUUCGGCAACGGCCUCUACCCGCUCGCCGAGUAUGACCUCCCUUAUUCAAUGCGCUUGACGCCGGACGGCGACAUCGAGACGCUCGGCCGGCACAACUUUGAGGGCAUGCUUUCCAUGAGCAUGACUGCCCAUCCCAAGGUAGACAGGGAAACUGGCGAAGCCUACGCGUACAAGUAUAACCCGUUCUUCCCUCCGUUUCUGGCCGUCUUCAAGUUUGACGGGGACGGAGUGAAACAUCCCGACGUGCCAGUCCUCUCCCUCUCCUGCCCGCCGUUCCUCCACGACUUCGCCAUCACGAGGAAGUAUGCUGUGUUCCCCGACAACCAGAUGGGAGUGAACCGCAAGGGAGUGGUGUUGGGAGGAUCCAUAGUCGGCCUGAACCCGAGGAAAGUGCCGAGGAUCGGGAUCGUCCGGCGAGACGUGGAAAGCGGGUCCGAGAUGAGGUGGUUCGAUGUGCCGGGCUGCAAUAUCAUGCACAUUGUGAACGCAUGGGAUGAAGAAGAUGAUGAUGGCAAUGAUGUGGUGGUGAUGGUGGCACCAAACAUAAUGUCAGCUGAACAUUUUUUGGAGAGGAUGGACCUUGUCCAUGGCUUAAUGGAAAAGAUUACGAUCGACCUCAAGGACGGAAGGGUGUCGAGGCGACCAAUUUCGGCUAUGAAUUUGGAUCUUUCGGUGAUAAAUCCUGCAUAUAUUGGGAAAUAUAGUAGAUAUGUAUAUGCAGGCGUUGCUGAUCCAAUGCCGAAGGUGUCCGGGGUGGUAAAGCUGGAUCUGGCGAAACGAGAGGGUACCGGCGAAUGCGUGGUGGCUAGCCGGAAUUAUGGGCCAGGUUGCUACGGAGGCGAGCCGUUCUUCGUGGCAAGGGAUCCUGAAUGUCCAGAGGGCAAGGAGGACGAUGGGUAUAUCAUGUCCUAUGUCCACGACGAGAAAGCUAAUGAGUCAAGGUUCUUGGUGAUGGAUGCCGAGUCGCCGGAUCUCGAUGUCGUGGCCGUAGUGAAGCUACCCCAGCGCGUUCCUUAUGGCUUCCAUGGAAUUUUCGUCCGGGAUAGGGACCUAAAUAAGCUCUAGGAUUGUUACUAACUUGAAGGAUUUAGUUUGACGUGGCAUUAUCGUGAGCGAAGAAGAUAGUUACAUGAUAAUGUGACAUUCCUUGUAUUUUUCUUAGUCGCACCAAUUGAUGGUA